CCUCCUCCAUCCAGACAUCUAUCCAGCCAGCCGCACAUGCUCAGAGCUUCAGCUCCGCGUCUCUCCCGUGCGGCCUGUGCGUGCGUACCCGCGCAGAAACACUCGUGCGCUCCUGUUAGGAGAGAUGAUGGUCUCAUGGAGCUCGUGUCCCGUUUGCGUUUGACUCCACCAUGCACUUUAGGAUUUCAAUAAGAUGUUUGUGUGUUUCGAGAUAAUCAUUGUGCUUCUUUCGUGCAACUUCUGCGCCUUCGUUUAUACUCAGGACUCAUCCUGCUGCCAGCAUGCUACAGAACACUUUCCUCAGUGUUGGGGAGCAUGUGAACAGCUCGCGACCAUUAGAAGUGAAUCACGUCUGAGGCAUCUUCUCCUGCGUUUGCCAAGUUACUGCCCGGAGACCUUGAGUGAACUUUGGAUCUGCAUCAACAAAACAUUACCUGGGGCAUCCAAAAAGUCUGAUGGAUGGGUCGGCCUGGGAUGUUGUGAACUGGCCAUCUCGGCUGAAUGUCGGAGAGACUGUAAGCAGGCAUCAUCUAAAAAUGACAUUACAAAAGUAUGCAAGAAAGACACGGAGAAACCCCUCUACAGCUGUAUCACCAAAAAUGAAAUGGGCUCAGUAUGCUGCAGUUAUGCAGGGAGACACACUAACUGUCGUGAAUACUGUCAGGCCAUCUUCCGCACAGACUCGUCUCCCACUGUCUCCCAGAUUAACGCUGUCAAUGAGUACUGCCAGAGCAUCAGUCCACAGCUUAUCAGCUGUGUGGCAAACUAUACCAAAUCCUACCCAAUCCGAAGCCCUAUUGACAGUUUAUACUGUUGUGACCGCGCAGAGGAGGCCCACUGUCAGACAGCCUGCAAGCGAAUCCUCCGCACCAUGACCACCGAGCAGGAGAUCAUGGAAGGCUUGAUUACAGAAUGCGGCAGUCAGCCUCUCCCACAGGACCCGUUGUGGCAAUGCUUUCUGGGUAGCGCCCAUCCUCCCAUCAAAAGUGACCCGGAAUCUCCCCCAAUUGCCAAGAUGGACUGCGCUAAACUCCACUGCUGCUCCAAAGCCAAUACUUCACUCUGCAGGGAUAUAUGCACGGAGAUCAGCACCAAUUGGGGCACUCAGACGUUGCAGGAGUUUGACCAGCGUUGUGAAUAUAACCCUGUCGAGAUGGACCUAAUCACCUGUCUGGCUGAUGUGAGGGAGCCGUGCCAGUUGGGCUGCAAAGAUCUGACUUACUGCACCAACUUCAACAACAGGCCAACCGAGCUGUUUCGAAGCUGCAACGUUCAGUCAGAUCAAGGUGCCAUGAAUGACUUCAAACUGUGGUCGAAUGGAACCAUCAGGAUGCCCUUCAUGAACAUACCGGUGCUGGAUAUUAGGAAAUGUCAACCAGAGAUGUGGAAAGCUGUAGCGUGUGCCCUGCAGAUCAAACCGUGCUAUAGCAAGUCUAGAGGGAGCGUCAUAUGCAGGUCCGACUGUGUGGAUAUUCUGACCCAGUGUGGGGAUCGAAAACGCUUUCUUGAUGAACAAACUCCAGAACGGAUUUGUGACAUGCUCUCCCCAACAGAUGAUCCAGAGCGAUGUAUUCCUCUGAAGAGAUACCUCAACCCCAGUCCCUUUGAUAACUUUAUUGAAGAAGUGAUCCAUCCUUGCAAUCCGAAUCCAUGUCCAAGUAACCAUCUCUGUGAGGUCAACAGGAAAGGCUGUCAUCCAGGACAAGUCUGUCUGCCUUUCUUCUGCGUAGCUGGGUGUAAAUUAGGCGAAGCUUCUGAGUUCCUGGUUCCCAUGGAUGCUCGCAUUCAAGUGCCCACCCGGAACAGGCAGAUGGACUGCUAUGAGGUUUGCACCUGCGGUCAGAGCGGCCGUCUGGAGAACUGUGCCGAAAUGCCGUGUUUGGACACAACCAGGACCUGUUUGGUUGCGGGACAGAGGAAAAGUCACGGUACGUCCUUCCGGGUCGACUGCCAUCAGUGUUCCUGCUUCUCAGGUGAUACCAUCUGCUCAUCUCGCCAGUGCCUCAGGUCAGACAGUACAGACGAAGAGCGGCUCUCCUUCACAGGACUUCCUUGUGGCUGUGCUGAUCAUUUCAUACCUGUGUGUGCACAUAAUGGACGCACAUACCCCAGCGCCUGUGUCGCACGCUGUGUCGGCUUCAAAGACAAUCAGUUUGUUUUUGGGUCCUGCAGAAGCAUCAAUCACUGCCCUUCAAACUCCUGCCAAAGAAACCAGAGGUGUAUACCGAAACGUCAGGUGUGUUUAACAGACCACACUGAGUAUCCUUGCCCACAGUAUGAGUGUAUUUCUCGCCCGUCCGGAUGUGACCAGAACCAACUGGACCCGGUGUGUGACACGGACAACAUUGAACAUCCCAAUCUGUGUCUACUGCACUCACGGGGCAAGACACUGGCGUACAUGGGUCAUUGUCAGGAUUCCUGCAGGAAGCCCAGAGAGGUGUGCGGCCACAAUGGUGAAACCUACAGUACAGUAUGUGAAGCUUUCUCAGACCGUGUGGCUGUGGAUUAUCAGGGUCACUGUCACGCGGUGGGGGCCGUGUCAGACUUCACAUCAGACUCGGGUUGUAACGCUGUGCCCUGUCCCCCGCUGUCCACAGAAGGUUGCAAUCCUGUUACCCCACCUGGUGCUUGUUGUCCUGUGUGUGCAGGUAUGCUACAGAUCUUGUGGAACAAAGCACAGAUGAAUACAUUUGCCAAGCUGAACAGGAAUAAUCCUGUGACCGUUCACGACAUCCUGAAAAUCCUGCGGUUGCACAUCUCUGUUCCUCAGUGUGACAUCUUUGGGUACCUGAGCAUCGAUUCCGACAUUAUAAUCCUUAUAGUUCCUGUUGAUCAGCAGCCUACACCUCUGCAGAUUGAAGCCUGCAGUAAAGAGGCAGAGAAGAUCGACUCGCUCAUAAACUCUGGAAGCCCAACACUGGUGUCACAUGUUCCCCUGUCUGCCUUCCUCAACUCUGAAGUCAAACUUUCCACCAUAAGUUCUGCUGCUGCCGCCCCACGGUCUCUCUCUCUCUUUCUGUCGCUUCUCCCUCUGCUUCUUUUCCUAUUCGCAUCAUAACCCCUGUUGCCGAGCAACAGCACCUCCUGUUUGACCUCUGACCUUCCGAGGUCUCGUCGGGAAUCCGUUCCAGUCGACGUUGGCUCGACAAUCAUGGACAAUCUAAUUCCCACUUCCAAUGAGGAAAACUUUGGACUUGGAGACGUAACUUUUUCUCUCACGUUUGAAGACUUCUAUGAAAGGAAAUUGUACGAUGACGGCCAUUACAUAAGCUUUGGAGACACCAAAAGAGGAAAUGGAAGACGCGAGAGCCUUGGACAAAGAUGUUCUCAUAUGUCGGGUUUAGACGUAAGACGACUGCUGCUUUUAGAUGUCUCACUGACCUUAUUACUCAUGCACAUAUCCGUCACAGUCUCACAGGAACUCCUAACGUGGUCACCAACUGUAGUCUAUAAAUUCCUGUUUACUGACACAAAUUGACCCCCUUUUUUGGUGUCACCCAGCAUGACUUUCAAUCUAAUGUAUUUUAAUACGCUGUAUCUUUCAUUUGUAUAAGUAUAUAUCAACGUAAUCUGAUGGGAAUUCAUACCUGUUUGACAAGGUGGCUCAUUCGUGUGAAUUACUAUUUCCUACGAUCUCAUUGGUAUGUUUUGACUUUUCCCCUGUGACGUUUAGGGGCAGGUUUAGGGAAGCCAUUUAUCAUCGUUUUGUCACCUCAUGAAACUCACAUGUUUGGCAAAAUUAGCCUUUGCGUCUGUGAUUUUACAACUUCUUUUGAUAGCAGGUUAUAAAUAUAUAAAUGUAAAUACACACCCAGUCUUUGUGUUGAAAGUCGUGCUGAGUGACAUAAAAAAGGUUGUGUCCAUGAACGCAAAUUAAUAGAUUCCAAAUUUCGUGUCUAUGCCACGAACUGCCGUGAGACUGGGUUUACAUAUUAGCUUUCAAAAUAAUGUUAGACCUUCAUUGAAAAAGGCCUGAUGAACGUAGAAAUCACAAUAGGACUUUGCAUUCAGAGCUGAAAGACAAAAAAACGUUUAUAUUGAUCCUUUCUGUUUAUAAGUUUAAACAAACACUGCUAAAACAAAGAAGAUUCUUGAUCAGUAUUUUUCUCCUUUUGUCAUCCAGUAAAUACGUCUAAACAUCCUUAAAACAAGAUACUGGAAAUCUACCUUUAUAAUUGACUUGUGUUUCUCACACUAUUUUUUUUAAAACAAAACAUUCAACUAAACAAAUAUUGUCGUAUAUGUUUCCGAGGCAGACGUGUCUUGUUUAAAGGAUGUUCAGAUAACUUUAUUGGAACACAAGAUUUUUUGCAAUGAAGAAAAAAGAGGAACUCAGCCAUGUAUACAAAUAUGACAAUCGUACUACUUAUCUAUAAAGUGGUAAACACAUUAUGCCUUGCUUAUAAAGUUUAUAAAUAUAUAUAUAUAUGUAUGUGUGUAUAGAUUUUUUUUUAAUAUGAAUUUUUGCAAAAUGAAAUCUUUAUGUCCAUAAGAGAAACAAACUAUUAUAUUUUGAGAUGGUAACAUACGUGCCAUUUUUAAAGCUAUGUUUGCAUGAUGACAAUUCUGAAAUGUUUUUUACAGAUUAUUUGUUGUGUUUUUGACCUGAAAAUGUUGUGUAUUUGCUUAAAGCACAUGAAGGGCCACCUUUUCCCGACAGUAUUAUUUUGCUUAGGCAGCUGUGUAGCAUGAGAGGGGCCUUAUUGUUUCCUGUCUGUCCGUCACAUGUGUAUAAUGCUUCCCAUGUACAUUUUUUUAUAUGAUAAUAAUAAAUGUGAUCAUAUUA